GCCUUAAACUAAUGAGUAAGGAAAACAAAGCGAACGGUGAGAAUCGGUCGCAGCGCAAAACAUAAAUUAGCGCAAGAAUCUUUGGAAGGGAUAUAGGCUGGCCGAGUUGUUGACGCUGUACUUUAACAGAACUCUCUCGUGCGGGCCUCCUCCUCCCCCAAAGUUUGGAUGCAGCAUAGAUUUGAGCCGAGAGCUUUCGCAACUCUGAUAUAUGCUCUCAAUCUUCUGCAACACACGUCUGAUUUUAGCUCGUUGAUUAGCCGUGAUUUCUCAGUCUCCUCCUUUGCCAAACCAUGGAAGAAGCUCAUUCCGUGAAUAGUCCAAGACGAGUUUUAAGCUUCUCGAAGAGAAAGAAGCAAAAGCCCGGUUUCCAGGAUUCAGACAGCAUAAGGCCAUCUCCGUUUAGAGCAUCAGAAGUGCAUGGACCAAAACCCUCUGAGGUGUAUGGUUUUGUAGGAUCCAUAUCGACUGUUGUGGCCACAGUCAUCUUCUUGAUAUGGGCAUACGUACCAGAUAAAGUGUUGGAGUCUAUAGGGAUCCAUUACUACCCAAGCAGGUAUUGGGUAUUAGCUAUGCCAACGUAUCUGAUGGUGACUUUGGUGUUAGCUUUGGCGUUUUACAUCGGUCUCAACUUCAUUGCCACUCCACCCCCAACUUCUCUCAAUACAUUGUUUGAUGAGUUCAGUCGAGAACCUGGGGAAUUUGAUCCUCAGAUGGAGGAAGGGGACGAGAGGCCUAUAGAUCCAAUCUCUGACAUUGAUAUUACAAGAAUCAAUGACCUUAUGUUCAAUUCAUGAGAGGUCAAGUGAUGUAUGUUUCCAUCAAAUUCUUUUUUUGUUUGGAUUUUACCGAGGUAAAACAUCUUAAGCAGUCAUUAAUGGAUUUAGUAAUUGGUACUUGGUAGUAUAGUAAGAUUUAUUGAUGAUGCUAUAAUGAUGUUGCAUUCCCUUGAUGUUAUAAAACUCCAUACAUUCACUUUA